AUGCUCGUCCGUUGGUUGGCGCUGGCUACAGCCCUCACCUCCGUGGCACAAUGCGAGUUCUUGUCUGAGCUUCAUGCUUGUCCAGAUGUUUGUCAUGCGGCGACCGAUUCAUCCGGCUGGACAUUGUAUAAUCGAGUGGACCGACUCAAUGCAUGCAACGAGACAAUGCUUCUCGAAUUCGCAUUGCACAGCCCGCUUGCCAAUUCCGAAACACCCAGGUUGUUUGCAUGCACACCCGACAGUACUGCAGAUCCCAAACAGAAAAUCACAUCUGUAACUUGUGACUCUGGCAGUGAAUUUGAUGCCUCCCCUGACCUGGUAUGGUCUGGAGAUGUUGCCUCGGAGAAGUCGGAUACAGCCAUCUCGCUUGUAGAGACGAUGCACGAGCAAUUGCAAAAAGAUUCCGACCGUGGUACCACUCUCAAAUUUGGCUAUUUACAAAAGGCUAUUGUUGGUGUCUAUGCUGGUGGAGAGAUUCAACCUCAGAGCUUCGCCGAUGAGUUCUUUCCCAAAUUUAUCUCCUAUCUGAAGGACACCCAAGUUCCUCAACGGCUUGCCCUUCAACACUGCGCUACAGACGCAAAACAUAUAGUUGGAAUCGUCAUUGACACAACGGGUGAUCUAGCUGGCGUGCAAGAUGUGGUCAAGGGCUGGAGCCUUGCAGACUGUUCCUCUGACUGGGAGCACAAAAAGGAAGGUUGGAGUCAGAUGACUCUCCAAACUUCCCAAAAGCUACACAAACGCCAAGUGAAGUCACCAGCCAUUGCUGCGCGAGACACCUGUGAAUAUAUCGAGGUCUUUGCUGGGAAUACAUGUGGGGUACUGGCGAAAAAGUGUGGCAUCAGCGGAGCUGAUCUGACCAAGUUCAAUCCUAAAAAAGACCUCUGUUCAACUUUGAAGCCAGGACAAGUGAUAUGCUGCUCCAAGGGCAACGCUCCCGAUCUCAGACCACAACCGAAGCCAGAUGGUACCUGUUUCACCUACAAAACCAUUCACGAUGAUACCUGCGAUAAGAUUGCUGCCGCCAACCGAAUCACCGUCAAAGAUAUCAUGGCGUUCAAUAAGGAGACAUGGGGCUGGGCGGGCUGCGGCGAUGAGCUAGGAUCUAGCCAGGUUCUAUGUCUCAGCCUAGGCGAGCCCCCAAUGCCCGCAGAGGUCUCUAAUGCUGUAUGUGGUCCCCAAGUACCUGGAACCAAAAGACCCACUGGCAGCACCAAGCUAGCAGAUUUAAAUCCCUGUAAGCUGAACGCCUGUUGCAAUAUCUGGGGACAGUGUGGUAUCACGGAUGAUUUCUGCAUUGAAUCUAAUUCAACCACUGGUGCGCCUGGAACUGCCGCUAAGGGUAAAUCCGGCUGUAUUUCCAAUUGCGGGAAUAAGCCAAAGGCAGGUAACCUCCCCUUGGAGGAUUUCAGAAGCGUCGUUUAUUAUGAGGCAUGGAGCACCACCCGACCUUGCAUGAACCUGAAUGUUGCGGACGUUCAGAAGAAAGGAGACCCAAAGUAUAUUCAUUUCGCCUUUGCCAAUAUCACAGCAGAUAUGGAAGUUGACAUCUCUGAUGUCGAAGCCCCAUUCAACACCUUUGCGGGGUUGAAAGAAGGAGGCAAGCGCAUCCUCUCUUUUGGUGGAUGGGCCUUUUCCACUGCACCCGAAACAUUUCCCAUCUUCCGCCAGGCUGUCACGGACGCUCAGCGGCAGAAGUUUGCGGACAACGUUGUCGCAUUCCUGAAGCUGCACGAUCUUGACGGCUUGGACUUUGACUGGGAAUAUCCUGGAGCUCCAGACAUUCCCGACAUCCCAGAGGGCAGCCCCGAGGAUGGAGCAAACUACAUCAAGUUCUUAAAAAUGGUCAGGGACCAGCUGCCAGAGGGUAAGACGCUAUCUGUCGCGAUGCCAGCUUCGUAUUGGUACCUCCGUGGAUUCCAUCCCAUCACCGAGUUCGAAAAGGUCCUUGACUACGUCAUCUACAUGACCUACGAUCUCCACGGACAAUGGGACUAUGACAACCCCUGGGCUGUAGAGGGGUGCCCAGCUGGAAACUGCCUCCGAUCCCAUGUCAAUAUCACAGAGACGAAGUUGUCUAUGAGUAUGCUCCAAAAAGCGGGUAUGCCCGCCGAGAAGAUCGUCAUUGGUAUCGCCAGCUAUGGUCGAUCAUUCAAGAUGACCAAGGAAGGCUGUUCAGGCCCCAUGUGCACAUUCACAGGCCCCAAAUCCGGUGCUCGGAAGGGCCGCUGUACCGACACAGCAGGAUAUAUUGGCACGGCAGAAAUCAAUGAGAUCAUUGAUACCAACCCAGACGUUGAGCAUACCUUUGAUGAAGAUUCGUAUUCGGAUAUCAUUGUUUAUAACAAGACUGAAUACGUGGCAUACAUGAGCAGGGAUCGAAAAGCAGAAUGGGAAGGCAUGGUCAUUGGCUUUGGCUGGGGUGGAGUGAGCGACUGGGCCGUCGAUUUGAUGGAUAUGUACACCCAAGCCUCCGACGAGGAGAUCGAGGUGAAAUAUUGCGGCGACAGUUUCGAUACACUGGAUGACUUGGCCAAGGCCGGUGACGACGUUCCACACCUCUGUGUCAAUAUCUACGCGUUGGGUAUUAUGAGCAAAAACUUCAAGUCGGCGAUGUCAGCGUACAACGAUCUCAUCGAUGAUGGUUACGAUGACAAGUUCGAGGUAUACGAGAGAUAUGUCAACGAAACUAUGUACGACGAGAUUAAAGAGUACAUGACAAGCCAUGCCGAAGACCGCUUCCAUUGCCUCAAUAACGAUGAGGACGACAAGCCGGUCUCCUGCCCAACCUCUAUACCCACCGAUCGGAUCGAUGCGCCAGACAGAAUCACCUAUGUUCUGGAUGACCAGAAGGGAUUUUACAAAGACAUGAUGGACAAGUAUGGAGUUGAUAAAUCCUGGAUCAAGUUCGGUGACCUGUGGGUGUAUGUUGACCCCGGCUGCCGCCCUCUGGAUGGGAACGUGACAAGCUGUGAGCGAUACUGGCACGGCUGGCCACUACGAGACAACGAGCAUAUGAGGGUUCCAAACCCCAAAGAGACAAUUUCAGGGGCAAUGAAGAACCUCACAGACUUUGGCAAUCAGCUUGACGAGUCGGCAUAUGACGCAAGCGCGUUCCUCUACACUGAAGAUAUCUCAGAUGCGCUCGAAGCAUCUGAGAUGCCCGUUUUCAUGGUUGAAUCUGCUGUUGAGCAGAUGAAAAAGGUCAUGGAAACCGCAGACAAGAUUACAGCGGAAUACAAGAAAUCCAUGAUCGUCAACUUCGCAGCUGCGUUUUUGAUGUUGGUCCCUGCGGCGGGUGAAACCAUCGGAGCUUUGGGACUGGCCACCAUUGGUAGGGUUGUUAUGCUUGCAGGGGAAGUUGGAAAUGCAGCAUUCGGUGUGUAUGGGAUUGUCGAGGACCCCGAAAGUGCUAUUUUCUCGAUCUUCGGUGCACUGAUUGGGGUCAGGGGAGAGAUGGGCUUUGCACGCGCUGCUGAGUCGAGACGGGGAAUGUCAGAGAAGGAAACUUCUGCGCUUGGAAAGUUUGUCCAAGGGCGCAUGGAUAGUGCAAAAUCAGUGCAGGCAAGGUCUUGCAAGGUAUAG